UCUCUGUCCCCGUGAAGGGUACAGCAUCAUGUUGUGCUGGGAGGAUUUUGCUGCGUGGCUCUUUGAAUGGCUCCAUCACCAGCUUAGAUUCUGGUACAGCCAUGGAUAACUUCGAGUACAGCAUCCAGCUGAGCGACAGGGACUGGGCUGAGUUCUACUUGGCUUCGGAGGAAUGCAGCUUGAUGCCGGCCGCCCUGGCCACGGCCGAGGAGCAGUGCCUCAGUGACAUUGAACAAGGGGACGGCGUGCCUGGAAGGGACUGCCGAGCCAGCGCAAACAGGCAGACGGCAGCGAGGGCGGGCAGCGGGCCAGGGCCUGGCAUGGGAAGCUCUCCCCCACGUGGGGUCCCCCGAGACGCCUCCCCGCGCCGGCCCGCUGGCGGGCAGCUCGCCCUGCCGGAGGUGCUCUCGGGCAGUGAGGACGAGAUGGACCUGGGCUCGGCCAGCAGGUUUCGGCGUGGGCGCGACGAGCCCGGCCACCCGCGGGCUGCGCUGCCGAUGCCCAGCAGGCAGGGGCGGCAGCUGCCCUGUGCCCCCACGGCUGCCCUUGCCGGCCCGGCUGGUGGUGCGGCGGAGAGCAGCCCGGGGCAGGAGGCAGCGUGUGAAACGGCGGUGCUGCGGUCUGCCUCGGAGGAAGGAGCAGCGAGCAGCAGCCGGGCCAUGGAGCCUCACACCCUUGCAGGAGGCAGUGCCCCAGCCCAGGAGGGGGGCACAGGAGGGGAGCAGCCCUCAAGCAGCCUGGCAGCAGCACGGCAUGGCCCACCAGGGCACAGCAGCUCUCCGGCAUUGUCAGCCCCCCUGGAUGGUUCAGCAAGGAAGAGACCUAGCAGCGCUCCCUGCUCAGAGCCCGGGCUGUGGGGACCCCCGAGCGAGCUCACCCCGAGCCCUGCCCUGGAGACUUCACCACAGACUGCUCCCAGGGUGCCAGGCUCCCCUGGGCGGGAGGACCUGAGAGGGGAGAAAGCCUGGACUGAGCCAAGCUCUGCUGGUGGCUCCCCGGAGGUUGUGAGGCCCAAGACGCCGGCACAGCCGAGAAAGAGCCGUAAGCAACGUGGAGCAAGCGCUGCAGAGGUCACCCAUGAAGACAGGGAGCCUGCAGGGGCUGUGGCUCAGGGGGGUCUGGUACCCACUAAGGUACCUCUGUCUUCGCCACUGUUGUCACGGAAGAGCAGAGGGAAGGAAAAGGCAGCCAAGCCAGGGAGUGAGGAGGCAGAGCAGAGUAAAAGACCAGCAUCUGGCCCUGGAGCAGACAAGGGAGCUCUUGCUGUGAGCACUGCCCCAGACCAGCAGGCAAAGGAGACAGGGCUGCAGCUCCUGGGGAAGGGGAAGGUGACGAAGCGCUCAAAGCCCGGGCUGGCUGGGGACUCAGGCGUACGUGACACUGUGCCACCGAUUCUUGCCAGAGGAGCUGCUGCUCUGCAGGGAGAUGCAUGCCAGGACGACACUGGGAAGCCACUUGAUCCUGAGAGUGUGGCAGUAUUUGGAGGGGAUGCUGCUGCACAAGCUCAUGGGGAGCCAGCAGCCAAGACCCCUGGGGCGCUGGGCCCCCCUUGCUUUGCAGUGGAGGGCUCUGCAAGGGAAAACACCCUUGACGUGACUUGGCCCGAGAUGUAUGACUAUUUGUUCUGUGACUCCCAAGGGGAAGAAGAAGGAGUGGGGAACCCAGUGGAGGGGGAGACAAUACCCUUGGAAAGGGAAAUAUCUUUGCCUGAACUGUAUGAAUAUUUUUUCAAUGAGCCUGAAGGAAACAGGAAAAAAGUCAAGGGUAAAGACAGGAAGCGAAAGAAGUUCAGCAGCUUGGACCGAGCUCGGCUGCAAAAUGAGGACCCUGGCUCAACUCCAGUCAAAGAGUCCUUGGUUAUCUCCGUCCCUGAGGUGUAUGAACACUUCUUUGUUGAUGGGCCUCGGAACAGGGGGGGCUGGAGAGGGAUUUUCCUAACCACUCCAGCCUCUGAGGUGAAGAAAGCUGUAGGGGCUUUGAAGUUGCUCCUGCAAAGGCCAAUGCAUCUCAUCAGAGGCCAGGUCCCAGCUCCCCAUACUCUCGUGCGGAGAGGAUCCGGAGAGAAGCUCCCCCUCGUCCCAUUGUCCCCGCUGGGAAGAGGCCAGGCACGGCCGGAAGGUCUAGACAUGGCCGUUGCACUGACAGGGAGGCCCGAGGCUCCGCUGGCUCUGACCCACAAGGACAUGUGCCUCGUCUUCUGUGCCUUUGCCUCCUGGGCAGUAAAGACCUCCGAUCUGCAGGCUCCGGAUGCAUGGAAGACUAUGUUCCUGGCAACUUUUGGCACGCUUUCUGCCAUCCGCUACUUCAGAAGGCAGGUCAGAGAAGGACACCACCAGACCUAGUCACACUCCACGAGCGAGAUGCUUCCCGAGGACAGGCGAGGAAGGUGGAGAAAGAGGCUCCUGGGCCUUGUUCUUGGACAGUGUGAGAAGCCUGGAUCCUAACACCAAGUCUUCUCUGGACCCCUUUCUAAAAGGGACAGGAUGUUACAGGAAGCAGGAUCCUUCCAGUGACAUUAAUUUACAAUAUGGUAGGCAGUUUAUACUUGGACAGAACGGGAGCCCACAUGGGCUGGUUCUGUUCUUUCUCUGUGAACUUCUCAAAUACUUGUGCUAUCUCCUAGGCGCUGCUUGUCCAUCCCCCUUGCUGGAAGUCAGCUUGUAACAAAGGAACAUUUAGAUAGUGGAAGAGGGGAGAGCAAAAGAAACCAGGGAGAGUGCUUUGUACUCUGUGAAUGAGUCGGGGGUAUCUGUGAAGACAGAGAAGAGAAAGCUUUGGGGAAGAGUUGUCUCUGAAGAUGGUGCUAGACUAAGCAUGUGCACCCUGCUAGCUGGGCUGAGAAAGGGGAAGGCAUCCAAAGGGAAAUGGAGGGCAGCUUGCUUGGCAGAGUCCAGGCCUCCCAUGACUGGUUUGGCUCAUUGUGGGAGGACUCACUCGCUUGGAUUUCAUUCCAAGAGUCACAGUUCAGUCUAGCGGUUGAGGAGGCUGAGAUAAGGUUUCUGUUGCUUGUGGCUGCCUUGGUGCUGCUGAGGCGGAGCCGCAGAUGUGGUGUCUCUUCCUGGGGGUGAUCAGCACCCAUCGCAAUGACACAUUUCACUCCUGUAGGCAGAACAGGGGCAGGCGUCACACAGCCAUCGCCAGGGGAAGGAGCAGUCAGAAAGAGCCCUGGAAAAGGGCUGCCCUGUGCAGAAAGGGGCUGCCCGGGCAGCAGGGAGAGGGGCUGAGCUCAGGGAAGUUCUCGGGAAAGAGCUCUGACAAGGACAGGAGCAUGUUGGAAAAGAGGAAACGGGAAGCAUACGUGUUUGGCUCUGACACUCAGCAGAUGAAGACUCUAGGUAUACCACCUGGUCCCUCUGCUGCCUCACAUACUAGGGACAAAAAAUUGGCUGGGAGAAGAGGUAGGGUAAGGAGGUGCUUUGCCUGAGUGCGUAACCCUAAGGGGGAAGGCACUGGCUGGCAGGGAGGGAGGGAGGGAGACCUAGUGUGGAGAGUGUGGUGAAAAAUGAAAAGGACAUGGUUCAGUUUCCUCCCUGUCUCUAGUGCCUCCCUGGCCACUCAAGGGCAUUAUGGAGGGCUUUUCUUCACUCCCAAGUCUGAUAACAGCACAAAUGUGAGAUCUGAUAAGCACUUAGGGACCAGAUCCAUAAAGGUACUGGGGGAGAUCUAACCAAAACACCUGUGUGGAUCUGCCUAUGAGCUUUAUAGGAACAGUCUGCAGCAAUGAGGGUUCGUUGUAUGAAACGAGAGGAGAGGUUUAGCUCUUUCCUUGUAAUGCAGAGUGUAAUGCAAUUUUAACGUGUGUGGGGUUCUAUUUAAGACCAUGUAUUAUUGCAGAUAAGGGAGCACACCGUAUGAUUGUACAGUGAUAUACCCAGCAGUAAAUAGUAAGAGAGAGGGAUGUACAGACUCUGUAUGGACUAUAGUAGCUGUAUAUCCAGUAUGAGGGUUUUAUGGGAUAGAGAACAGAUGAAAUAUAUUGGAAGCUUCUAAUAAACAUUCUAUAUCU